GGAGAAGUUAAAUAAUUUGUUGAACGCAUACGAAAUGCAACUAAAAUUCUCGAAUGAAGGCAAAAGAAAUAAUACAAAAUCAUCCUAAAACUUCAUAAAUAAUUCGAUCGACACAACAUUUUAAGCACAAAACUAAUAGCCAACAUUAUUCAUGAAAUCUUUCUGCACAAUGGCAGGACUGAAGAUUUGAAGAAUAUUUAAGACCGUGGAUGAUGUUAAAAUAUUUGCAAAAAAAGAAAAAUAUGUUCCCUAAAUGUUAUGAAAAUACCAAAAAACCAAAGCUAGAAAUACAUAAAUUAUGAACCGGAAAGCACGGAUAACAAACUACUGCACGAGCAAUUUCUGAAAAUUUUAGGCAGCAGUUACCAUGAUUAGAGGUAGAAACUUGUCCAGCCAUUGAAAUUAUCUAUGGAUGAGUAACGUAACCAAUUACGCAUCCUCAAGAACACUAUGAAUGCAUACCUUGAGCCAAUUUACUUGGCUCGUGGCAAGGACUUGAUUUGCUCGAGAGUCCGUCCUCGCCAGCUACAACGAGCAGCAAAAGGAAACCAGAAACAGUAACACCUCGCUUCAUUCACUGCGAAGCCCACCUUGCUCAAAUUAGAACGGGAGGGUAUCCCUUUGGGUCACCGUGUCCACGGUCUGUCCAUAAUCUCGUUCGAGUGCAAAGAAUGGUUCGGCCCUCCUCAAAUAAAGCGCGACCACCCGAACAUAUCGGCCGUUCGUCGGUCACAUCAAACCAGAAGCCUUCCCAUCAGACGGACCCGAAGGUCCGGCUGGGGAAACGUGCGUUCAGAGAUCGCCAGCCCAAACGUGAUAUGACCUUUCCGCCGCUUGACCCGAUUCCAACGCUAUAUAUUCCAUGGACCUAGGUGAGUACCCGGGGGGCGCGUAAACAAGCCGGACGGUGUACGUGACCCUCAAGAAAACAGAAAAUCUCAGGCGUCCGAUCUUGUUAAGGCGGCCACCAUUGUUAAUCUCCCCCACGUCAAACGGAUGGCCGGAGAUUAAUUCUAGGGUAUUUCGAUAAAUAAGGUGAAAUUCGGUGGCGUUGGCGGUGGCCCAGAGCCGCAGCUCCCUUAACCGAAGUCACUCGAGCACGCCGUUAAUUUUAACUCCGUCCACGGUCAUCUCUAUAUAUAGCGGUUUCGAGCCCCCACAACCAAACCAUGGUGCUCUCUGUAGCAGUUUCUCAAAGAGCCUUGGUCGGGGGAGAAAGGAGGAGGAGGAGGAGGGAGCGGACGGCGGCGGAGAAAGGGGAUCUGAGAUCGACGAUGGGGGAGGUCGCUCUAUGGGAGGAGGAGGACGAGGAGGGAUGGAAAUGCCGGAAGCAUCCGUCGCAACCCCGUUUCGGCGUAUGCCCCGCCUGCCUCCGGGACCGGCUCCUGCUCCUCUGCCCGGACUGCGCUAACGUGCGCCCCUGCGGGUGCUUCCCUCCGUCGUCAUCCUCUUCGUCGGCCUCCUCGUUCUCCUCCCUCUCCGCCGAUUUUGCGAGACCCGGCUGUGGCGGCUCCGGGAUCGGGGCCGUGGGACGGGUGGCGCACCUCAUCGAGAGCGAACCGGCCUUUCGCCGGUCCAGAUCCGUGGGCUUCCAGCUCCUGCCAUCGAGAUCGGUCGCCACCAGAGACGGGGAGACCGGCAACGGUACGCGGCCGCGGUCGCGCGGGAGACGGGGUUGGGCGGCGUUCUGGCUGUUCUCGAGGAGGAAAGAGGAGCGGGGGGAGGAGUCGAGGAGCGCAGCGCCGGUGAAGCUAUCGAGGUCGGCAUCGGUCGGUGUGGUGGCUUACCCGUUUUCUGGGGGCGGCGGCGGCGGCGGCGGCGGCGGGGGAAGAUCGAAAGGGUGGGGUUUUCAUUUUCCGAGCCCAAUGAAGGCUUUCCGGUACCGGAAGUCGGCGAAGGUCGUCCAGCAGCGAUCGCCGAUCUGCCGGCGCUGAGAAGCGCCGGCUAUAAGGGUAGAUAGAAGGCCGCGAAGAAAGAAAAAAUAUAUUUUCUUAUAAUUUUAUCUGGUAUUUUUGCCUUGUAUAUAUAUAUUUGCUAAACCUAAUCCAACAAUUUUGGUGAUUAAUCCGAAAUAUUUCCAUUUCGAAA